GUUUUAAGUAUUUUCAGGGUGAAUCUUUUAUAAUUACCGAUAAAAAGAAUAUUUUACAUAUUAAUGAACAUAAAUAGUCAAUUUUUAUUAAGGAUUUUGUGAAAAACGAUUAAAUAUAGAUCUAUGGCGAAUGGUAACUGGUGCUUGAAUUCUCCACCUUCAGUUAUUUUUUUUAUUAAUUUAUAUAUAUUUUUUUGCAAUUAAAGUCUAACUAAAUAAUUAUUAAAUUAUCAGUAGCAUUUUGACGUUACAAAUUAUUUUAAGAUAUAUGAUUAAUUGCGGCUUUAAAGAAAGUAUUGUUGCAUUUAGAGAAAAAUCUAUAGCAUUAGAAGUAUUCCUAUAACAGGUACCGAAGCAAUUAUAGAUGACUAGGCUUAUGCAAAUCAAUUAUUCAUAUUUAUCAAUUUAAAUUUAAUCUAAUUUUGGAAACUUAUAGAAUUUAAAAGACAGAAACCACUGCACCAGGAGAGAUUGGUUUCUAGGCCUAAAUCGCGCAAAAUACAGGCCUACUGUAUGCAGCACCUGCUUACGUUGAAAGCUUUGCAAUUAAUCGAAAUUAUCUGACUAUAAGCAAUACUUACGUUCAAAGCUUUGCAAUUAAUAGAAAUAAUCUUUAAUAUUUGGUCUACUGGUCUACAAAAACUUAUUUAGAAUCCGUCGUAUGCAUUUUUGAGCCAAUUUUGGCUAUAAUUGGUCUGAUUAUGUAGAGGAAAUAUAAGAAUUUAUUAGUAUAACUAAGACACCGGAGUUCGACUGAGUCUAAGUCCUUGACAACCAGCUUCAAGGCAUCUUCCAGAUUCCAGCUUUCCAGCACUCGCAACGCAAACACCCACAUUACCUGGAACCUUGAGGAGUGAGCGUACCUGUCACUGUCACCUGGAAUCUGUGGGUGAUACGAUGCAAAAAGACGGGUGAUAAUAAUUACCUGUUGUUUGCUAAAAUUGCAAGGUAGGCAAAUUGGUCUCGAAUUAGAUGCCACCAUGACGCACGUAACAGUCGUACAGGUGCACGACCCUCAUCUGGGACAGGUGCAGAGGGAUGGCAUGGAAACAUCUGUUGUCGGGUCCUCGGGGAAGGCGAGAACUCCUCAGGCGACGAAGGGACAUCGGAGGAUGAUGACCUUUCACGAGGGUAGCUUCGCCCCUAAGGAAUCUCUAACCUCAGUGACGGAAGUCCUCUACGUGAACGUCAUGGAACUGAGGCAGCAGGACUUCGCCGAGGGCGCACCUGAGACCACAUAUUCCUCAGGUAGUAUUAGCAGUAGUAGGGGCUCUUCAGAGAGCGAAGAAGCCCUCCUCCAGUUCCUGCCGAAGGCGAAGAAGAAAAUUCGUAACAGGCGCCUCAGCAGGAAAUCGAGCAUCAUGAAUCAGAACGUAGGCGUAACGGGGGGCGUUUUCAUGAAGUCAGAUCCCAGUUCUGACAUCGGCCCCUUCGAUGGUGGUUCGGACAGCGAAUCCGAAUCGUCACUGUCUGCGUCGGAAUCAUCACUAUAUGGGUCUGAUUCGGGCCUGAGCAGCACUAUAGAAGUGGGGAUGAGUCCCCCACCAAAGCAUUCGACUACUAUUACCAUAGGAGAUGAGGUGUUUUCGCGUCGAAAGGAUGCUGGCAGCGACGAGGCCCUUUUGCGACAAAAAGCUAUUGGAAAUGAGGCCUCUUCGCGCCAAAAAACUUUUGGAAAUGAGGAGGCCUCUUCGCGCCAAAAAGCUAUUGGGAAUGAGGUCCCUUCGCGCCAACAAACCAUUGGAAAUGAGGUUCCUUCGCGCCAAAAAGCUAUUGGAAAUGAAGAGGUCUCUUCGCGCCAAAAAGCCGUUGUAAACGACGAGUUCUCUUCGCGCCAAAAAGGUAUAUUACUUCACGUAUCACCUAAACCCACGGAGGAAAGUUCCUCUGACGAGGAAGACCGUUUAACCUCUCAUCACCACCCGCACGACGAGGUCAUAUCGAUAGAAUACAGCAACUUCGAAGUCUCGGAGGACCUAUCCGAAGCCGCCGUCACCCUGGAAUGGAGGGUCAUCCCCCCCUCCCACGGGGUCCUGCAACACCACGCCCCUCUGAUGGAGGUAGAAGGCGACAGGGGUUCGACUCCGACCUCCUUCUCGAGCGCUUACACCGUCACGGAGCACGAGAGCGAAAGCACGAGCGAAGAGUCUGAGACCUCGAGGAACAAUAACUGGUCUGGGCAGGAAUCGGACGAGGAACCUCACGAAGGAGGUCAUACCGAAGACAAAGUUUCGUUGCUGUCAGUCGUCCGUACGGAAGGGGGUGUAGUUCGAGCUAGCGAACGUCUAUUUGACAGCUCCGACAUCGUAGACUCGACUAUUCCUCCCAGGGCACAGAGCGACAUUUCGUUGCGGAGACGCGCCCUCCCGACGUUGGGCGACACUUUGGUCAAGGAAGCGGUGCUUUCGGCGGUCCCCAGCGUCCUGCGACGCCUGAGGCUUCCCUCCGAAGGCAGUAGUAGUAGCGGCGAAGAAAGCAUCGUCUAUAGUUACAUCCCGUGUCGUGACCAGCGAGAGAAAGAAGACGAAGAACUUUGGGUUGCCAACGAAGCGGCCGACCCCACCACCACCACCACCACAGGUGCCCAAGAUUUCGACAGCGUUGCCACUCCCCCUCUACUCCCCCCUCCUGAGGGAUGGGGUGGCGGAGGGUCGCUGGAGCGCUCUGCGGCUGGCAGCAAUCUUCCUGGAACUGGAAGAAGUUCAGUUUGCGCUGAGCAGUGUACGAGUGAGGACGUCCGCGCGAGUGAGGUGCCUCGCGUCGCAUCCGUCAUGUGCACGGUAGCGCCCACGAUCACGGGCGACCCGCAGGCGGGCGUGCCCGCCCCGCCCAGGAAGCACUACUCCACGCGCCAGAGGGCGGCCGAGACGCAGGUCAUCAAGUUCAAAGUGGUCGACGAGGAACAGAAGAAGAAGUACAAAGAUAACUGUCACGGAGAUCAGGCGAAUUUGCCCACCUCGACGAUGACGUGUAAACCCACCAAGAGGUUCUCCUUCCUAGUCCGAAGCAACAGCGUCAGGCAGGAAGGGACCGACAAGCAGCUGAAGGAGGACGAGCCUGCGGGCGUUCAGGAAGCAGCAGCGCCGCCCAAGCAGGGACCCCAAACGCCCCUUCAGAAUGGGGAGAAGGAAGGCGUCACCCCAAGUGACCAAGCCAUCCUCGACAAACUGGCCUCCCUGAACAUCGAAACUCCCGCCGAAGUGAAACUUCGAAGUAAGCCUCGAGUGUCCUUGUUCGACCCACCUUGCACUCGGUGCGGGGAACCCGUCUACCCACAGGAGAGGACAGAGCCAACGCUCAGACUCGUCUUCCAUAGUUCCUGCUUCAAGUGCCAUCACUGCGGCGUGAGGCUCACUCUCAAGACCUUCUACAGAAGCCCCUUGGAUUCCAGGGACACCAGGCUCUUCUGCAGGAGCCACGUGCCCACCCUUGACCCCGGGAAGCUGGACACGGCGAGGUCAUCAGAUUCGGCGUCUUCGUCGGGGAAGAGUUCCCCUGAUUGCACGGCGAAUGAUAAACAUAGUGACAGUACGAGGGGGAGAACCAAUAGCCCAGCCACAUGUAUUCAAGAGAGACUAGAAAUAGUUAAAUGUGACACGAUCGGACUGAGAUACUUUUGACGCUGUUAUCAUCGGUGAGGAUUUUCCACGAUACUAUGAGUGCAAAUGGAAGAUUUGCUGCUUGAUACUUCACACGAUUUCCAGUCCUCUAAUCAUUGCAAAUCCCAAAGUUUCUCCUGUACAUACUCUUCAUGACUUUGGCUGACAGCAAAGCAUGUAACUAAUGUGCUCAAUACUCGAUACAGAUUUGACUAACAGACUAAACCGAACUGUAAAAAAAUAAAUAUUUUUGUUUUAUAAAUAACUACUUUAGAGCAAUAGACAUGUUACUUGUUAGUGAUGGCCAGCAGUAUGAGGUUAAGUAUUUUAACUCACUGGUCUCGUUAAACUACUACUAUAAUAAUAAUAUUAAAUGAUACAGAAAACUGUACUCUACUGUACAGAAAAUGCUACUUACAGAGAAGUAAAUUGCAUAAUGAAAAUCAAACCUAUUUUGCAGAAUUCUAAAGAGAUUUACAGGAAAUUUGUACAAAUUUUUCUCCUAGUAUCCGUUGACUUUCUGCUGUGCCAUGAAAUAUUUCUUUCACACACGCUGUAGAUCAAAAGAUGAAUUAGAUCUAUUUCUAGGAAAAGGAAUAACCUAGCAGUGCUACAUGGUUAUUCAUGAAUUAUAUAAAAAUUGAUAUAUUUUCAUAUGCUACGAUUAUAUAAAAAUUCUUGUAUAUUUUCAUGUUACUUUUAUAAUUAUGUUCUUAUAAAUUUUAUAAUCUUAGAAAUUUAAUAUUUCUAUGCAAAGUAAACUGGUUGAAAACAGUCUAAACCUAUCCUUUUCAAUAAGAAAAGAAUGUUUAUAGAGUAUAUUUUACCUUAAACCUAUCCUGUUCCAUAAGAAAAGAAUGUUUAUAGAGUAUAUAUUUUACCCUUUCUAUGGCUACUACAUAAUCAUAAAAACUUCAUUCAUAAUCUCAGGACACUUACACCUUUACCAGUAAAAGUACUUAAGAACUUCUGUUAAGUACAUAAAAGCACAAGAAUGUUCUAAGUAUUUCACUGGUAUAUCUCCAAUCAUAUAUGUAUAUAAGCUGUAUUCUCGUUUACCUCAUCUAUCGACUGUUCUAGGGAGAGAAUACAUCUGAGUAUUCUGCUAACUAUACGGAAUAUAAUAUUGGAAGACAAAAAUGGUAACUACUCCACUAUACUUUGUCUUCUAACUUUAUAUUAUCAAACUUUCAUGAAAUUGACUGUAAAUACAUUUACUGAUAUUAGUAAGUUGUCUAAUUUUACAUAUUUCAAGCCACCAUGUGUAGAAACAUUAUUGUAAUGUAAAACUAUUAACAAUAAAUAUAUCUCGAAUA